AUGGAUAAGAACACUAGUUAUGUGAACCUAUUGUUUAGUCAAUCUCAGACUCCAGUGGACCUUGAUUCACCCGAACCUUUUUGGUUCGGUAGCCAAGGUCCUAAUGAGUCUGUUUUUGAGCCUGUUGUCAAGUGUGGUGUCGACACUGGUGGCGACUCUGGUGUGAAGGAGAGGAUGAAAUGGUCUCCCAAAGAGGAUAAAAUCCUUAUUGGUGCUUGGCUUAACACCAGUAAGGACCCUGUCGUCAGCAAUGAGCAGAAAGCUGAUGCUUUCUGGAACUGGAUUGUAGACUUCUACAACGCAAGCCUUCACCUGGUUGGGACAGUACCGAGGAAGCUUCGUCCGUGCAAGCAGAGGUGGGCUAGGAUCAACGAGCAAGUAUCCAAGUUUGUUGGAUGCUAUGAUGCCGCUCUAAGGGAGCAGAGAAGUGGUCAAAAUGAUGAUGAUGUGAUGAAAGCUGCGUUAGACAUAUUCUUCAAUAAUAACGAGUACAAGUUCGCCCUGGAUCACUGCUGGAGGGAGCUGAGGCAUCACCAAAAAUGGUGUGCUACCUAUCUCGCUAAGGACGGUGGAAAGGAAAAGCGAAAACAAGUGCUGGAAGUUGAUAGAGAAGAAAAGGAAGUGGGCGAACCAGAGGGGAGACCUAUCGGGGUUAAGACUGCGAAAGCUGGUAGUAAGAUGAAGAAGAGUGUUAGAGAAGAGGAGUUGUCAAAGCUACAUGGUGUUUUAUAA